UCAAUACUGGAAAGUCUGUAUCGACGUAAACGACGACAACUACCGGUGCCGACUAUAACCGAUAUGAUGUCCGACGAUAUGUCAGUCAUAGCUAAGCUGAUAUCGUUGGUAGCGUUUUGUCCGCCAAUAAAAAGUUCAUAUAAAUUGCUGGUCAGACAACCAGCCGAUAAUACAGACAAUGACAACAACGAGGACAGUCGUCUGUACAUUGAUUUGACUCCAGACGCCAAACUAUAUAUACAGGAAACCAAAUACCGACGCUAUAGACAACUAUUACAACUGUCCUCCGAUGAGUUCCGGUAUCACUGUUUCCGAACUCGGGUGACGGCUAACGGUAAUCGACUGAUUGGUCUAAUUGUUUGGGCGCCAAAAGAGAAGGAGGAGGAAGGAGAGGACAGACACAUCACCAGCGAUGGUCAACAAACUUAUACUAUAGUCUACAGUCAUUCAAAUGGCUCGGAUUUGGGUCUAAUGAUCGGUAGUCUACAUAAACUAUCGGUUAAUUGUCGGGUAAAUGUCUGUUCCUAUGACUACUCGGGUUACGGUAUGAGCGAUGGUCGUCCAUCUGAACGUAAUAUCUAUGCCGACAUCGAAACAGUAGUCAAACAUUUGAUCCGAGAGUUUCGUAUAGACCCGAAGCAUAUCAUACUGUACGGCGAAAGUAUCGGAUCCGUACCGACCAUUCAUCUAUCGGCCAGUGGUCGUAUGUCGGUAGCCGGUGUUAUACUGGCAGCGCCCAUCAAAUCGGGUAUUCGUACGUUUUGCGACUAUCAGGGCCGCACCUAUACGUUUGAUCCGUUUCCCAAUAUCGAAAAGAUAGGACGGAUUGAUUGUCCCGUACUAGUAAUUCAUGGUAUGAAAGAUCGGGUGAUUAGUAUAGCGCACGGCAUUUCCCUCUAUAAGGCCAGCAAACAUAAGGUUAGUCCACUGUGGCUACCGGAGGCCAAUCACGGCAAUGUCCGGCUACAGGAGCCGUAUUUUGAAAGAAUCAUAUAA